AUGAAUCGCGAGUCCAGAUCUUGUGCAAACAAAGACGUGGGGAUUGGAGCUCUCGGAACCCCCGAUGUCGCCAAGAUCGCGGAGCAAGGGGCCAGCCCGUCCAAUAGAAAGCCAGAGAUCGACCUCUUUGUGCCGGUUUUGGAUAGCACCCAUGGUUGCCCACAGGGCUGGACUCGAACUGUCGGGGAGAUCUUUCACCGUAAGUUCAAGAUCACAGGCAAAUAUGACUAUGAUAUCAUGCCACUGGCGGAUGAUAGUACCGUAACUGCUUUCAAUGCUAUUAAACUCAAUUCGGAUACAAAGAAGCACAAUAUCAAGCUACGUCGUCACAUGGCCGACCUCGACAUACCAACAAUCCUCCUUCCAACCCUUAAACACUGGUACGCCUACCAGCUCGUCUACCCACUGGCAAUUGGCCUGGUCAAAUUCAGCAUCUUGUCACAAUACUACCGCAUCUUUCCCGCGAGGGGAUUCCGAAUCGCAACGGCUGCAGUCGCACUGUUCGUCUUCAUUUACACAGUCGUCGUCAUCUUCGUCAACGCUUUUGAAUGCCACACCAAACCCUGGCGCGCAUGGGACCCAACCUUCCCAAAAGGCUGCAACAACCUCCCAGCGGCAUACUUCUCAAUGGCAGGGACCAACAUCCUAACCGACUUGAUAAUCCUCUUCAUGCCUCUACCAUUACUCACAAAACUGAAUCUCCACCGCCCAAAAAAGUUUGCCCUCAUCGCAAUCUUCCUAACAGGAACAUUCGCCUCAGCAGCCUCCUUCGUCCGACUCAGCGCCUUAUACAAAUACCUAAUCACAAAGGAUGUCUCCUACGACGCUAUCCAAAUCCUCAUCUGGUCACAGGUCGAAGUCAAUGUUGCCAUUAUAUCCGCUUCGGCACCGCCGCUUCGACCUAUGUUUAGUUCUGUCUUUAGGGGGUCUUCUUAUGAUCGGUCUGGGAAGCAUCAAGAUGGGGAGCAUGAGCUUUCUGGGACUGUUGGGUCCAGUCGGAGGAGGACGUUGCCGCCGCAUGAUUGUGCGAAUGUCGAGUUUGUUUUGAGGGAUUUGGAGGAUUGUUGUGACGGCGAUGGGAAUGAGAAUGCGAACGGAGAUGGGGAUGGGGAUGGGCAUGGACAGAAGGUGUCCGUUGAUAUUUCGAAUUCGGUGACUGUCCCUGUGCCUGUGCACGUCGAUGGGCUUCGUCAGGGGGAUAUAUCUGAGGUGAGGCAGCUUGGGAAUAUUACCAAGACGGUUGUUAUUGAGAUGAAGAGUGAGGAGAGGUAA